AGAAAUUGAUUGGUCUGGGAAAUGAAAGCCUUGACUGCAGUGUACCUGCGCUAGAGGCGCUCUGCAAAUGGCAGCGCUUUAGUUCAUUACUGGAUCCUUUCCCUCCCUGUGUAUCAACCCUGACUCUGCCAUGAGUGCCUCAUCCCUACCAUUUGUGGUCGGAGCAAACACUGUGGAAGACCAGCGGGCUCGCUGGGAGAGAAAGCGCAGCAGGACAGCCAAGGAGCUGCUGGAAACAGAACACAAAUACCUUGAACAGCUGGAUUUGGUGCUCACAUACUUUGUGACAAUUUUAAAGGCCAAAGGGACGCUGAAGCCUGCUGUGUUGGAAUCUAUAUUUGGACCCCUGGAGUCCUUAUAUUCAGCCAGUCAUGUUCUGUCACUUCACCUGGAGAAAGGGAAUUUGGGACCAGGACUGGAAAAUUUUUGCCAGAGUCUGGAUCUUUAUGGCCACUAUGCUGAGAAUUUGGAGCAUGCAAAUAAAGCCUUGAAGGAGCAAGUGAGGAAAAAUAAGUCAUUCCGUCGUUUUAAGAAGCUCCAGGAGACUCGACCUCAGUUUCAAGGGAGGCAGCUAGAGGAUCUGCUUCCUUUGCCCCUGCAAAGGCUGCACCAGUACAAGCAUUUCUUCAGAGAUCUGCUGGAGAACACCAGCCCAGACACUGCUGAGUACCAUAAACUUACAAAGACUGUGAAAUCUGUUUGUGAGGUAUCUCACUGGGUCCAAGACAUCUUUGAUAAGAGAGAGAACUCCUUGCAGCUUCUUCGGGUUCAGAAAUUGCUCAAAGGACAAAAGACUCAGGUUUUGACUGCAGGGCGCUGGUAUAUCCGGGAAGGCUGGCUUCUGGUGGUGCCUGCAAAGGGAGAAGAACUGAAACGCAGGAUGUUCUUCCUGUUCUCUGAUAUCCUCAUUGCAGCGAAGCCCUGCCACCCGCUGCACCUGCUGAACUCCAACAAACUGUCCUGCCAGGCUGUCUACCCACUCCACCAGUGCUCAGUGGAUAAAGUGUUCGGCCACACGUGGAGCCAGGGAGGGCUCCUCAGUCUUUCCUUUCCACACAAGACACUGCUGUUGAUGUCCAGCAACCAACAAGAGAUCAAUGACUGGUACCAGAGCCUCACAGCUGCAGUCAGGCAGCUGAAAGCCUGACCCAACCGAGUACAAGACAGACUGGCAGGACAACCACCCUCAUGGCAGACGCUUCCACAAUCUUAUAAAAAUGUUCAGGGACAUAUAGUAGCACUGGAUUGAGAAGGACUACACACUGUGUUUGUGAGAUUAUGAAUGCUUUGUUAGCUGCCCUAAUGUUCACACAGAUACUGCAAAAAAAAAGCAUUUGUGCAUAAAAACCCCCAUGUAUCAAGGAUUUCCCCCAAUUUAGCUUAGAAGCUUCUAGCUUUUUUGCACUUUAGUAAAACUCAAGAUAACUUAAGGUCAAACAAAUGGGAGUGUGACUUGUUUUCCCUCAUUAAAUGUUUUUUUAAAGGAA